ACGGGAGUCACAGUCGCGGCGCUCCACGCACCUCUUUCCUAGCAGGGCUUAGUGCCUGAUCUUCGCGUGAGGCUCCUCGCUGCCUCGUGUCAGGCCGUGGGAGCCCAUGGAGGGAAAGGAGGAUAAGCGGCAACAGCAUAAAAAAAUAGAAGAUGCUGGUAUAGAGUAUGUAACUGAAAAAAAAGAAGAAAUCAAAUAUGACGAAAAACCCGGGAAAAGUGUACACCGUUCAAAACCAUGUGUCGGGAGAGGACGUGUAUAUUAUGCAAAAUUCAUUCAUACAAAUGCAAGAACAUUGAAUGAACCAGUUCCUUACAUAGAUCCCCAAAAAGGGCCAGAAAAACAGGGUGACUGGUGGUCACACAGUAAAGCAAUGGAACACCCUUUCCAACCACCUUAUGACACUAAGAGCACCCAGAGGAGUGACUUUCAAAAACCAACAUGUCCAUUGGUUUUGCCAGUCAAACACAGCAAGUUGCAAAAGCCUUCUUGUGGAAUAGUUCCACUUGCCUCUCCUGAAGCAUCAGCAGAACUUCAAAAGAAUUUUAUAGAACACAUCUCUUAUUUACAUCAAUACGAUGCUAGGAAAAGUCCCAAUGAGCCCAUCCCGGGAAAGCGACAUGGAGCUUUUGUGCAGACAGAGAUAAAACCAGGGAGUAGGCCAAUAGUUCCUACGGGAACAGAGGUAUUACGGAACGCUCCGGGGUCAUGCUCAUCAGAACAGUCCAAAAAAACAGAGAAAGGAAACUCAGCGGAAAGCAAAAUGAUCUCACCAGGUCUCUGCCGACAAAAUUCCCCAGAGCUGUUAGAGACUGAAACUCACUUAUCAGAAACAGACGUCAGAGGGGCAGCCAAGGCAUGCCCCAGAAGUCCUGAGAGAAGAGAGAAGGCUGCAGACACCUUCCAAAUAACUGCAGUAAAUGCUCUUCUCCCCAGGCAUGAUCCUUUAAAUCCACCAAUAAAAAGCCAGAAUAAAUCAGGAUAAAUUAC